UGGCCCUGGGCAGGGCUGUCCUCUGCCAGUCAUUGAGGAUCAGUCUCCCAGGGUCUGGAGCCCCUCUCUCCCCUCCCCACUCUGUCCUCUACCCCCAGACCCCAGGCCCGGCCUCGCGGCCCCCGAGGCCCCAGGUACGCAGAGGGGACAUUCAUCAGCGACUACAGCAUCGCCAUGGACAAGAUUCGCCAGCAGGACUUCGUGAACUGGCUGCUGGCGCAGAAGGGGAAGAAGAGCGACUGGAGACACAACAUCACCCAGAGGAACACCCGGAACCUGGAGCUGCCUGCACCUCAGGGGAAUCAGGGGGCAGCGGAGCCGCAGAGGACCCCAGGUGAGGACGAGGAGCUGUUGAGGGAACUGCUGCUACAGGAGCUCCUGGCCUUGGUGGUGGAAUGGACAGAUCUGUGCAGUCUCAGGUCCAGCUGAACUCUGCCCUCUGCCUGCCCAGCUCCGCCCCUCCUCACUCCAGAGUCCCUAAGAAGCCAGCCCAAUAAAGAAUGUGCUGA